UGCAGCCACCUCUCCCCAAUCGUUGCUUUCCCAAGGCCUAUUUUUCCUUUAUACAUGCAUUCAUUAAUUAGAUGCUUAAUAUUACAAGCAGUAGUAAUUUUUUUCAAAAAGGAAACACACUAAAUGCGGAGAUUUUAUGCAAAUCAUAGAGGGAUUAUAGAAAUUCAAGAAUCCAAGAAAAUAAUAAAUAUCGAGGAUGGAGGGGUGCAAUUCAAAUUCAAGGAUGUUGUCGUCGACGGCGAGGCUGCUGGGGUUUAUGGUGCCGUUGCUGCUGGUUUCGGUGAUGGUGGCGGUUUCCAAUUCUAAUUCCAAUUGGAUAUUCGCCUCCAAUUACUACCCGUGGACUUGGACCUCGUCUCUCUCCGCCGCCCGGAAUUCCUCCGCCGCCGCCUUCGACGAGGCACCGGGGGAGGCUUUGGACUUGAGGCGGAGAGUGGUCGGCGGCGGGGAGGAGAGGGAGGAGGCGCUCUCCGCUGAUUACACUCUCCAGCGCUCCGCUGCCGCUCCGCCGCUUGGUGUUCUAGUUGCAGAGGCCGAGCCGCCGAGCGAUGAGACCAAAGUGGAAUUAAUAAUAACACCGAAACAGUCGAAUGUCUCUACUCUAUUCAACGAUACUCGUGCUCUUCCCUUGACCCCUAAAAUAAGCAAAAGGUUUACCAACUUUCAAGUACUGGAGGCCAAACUUCAGAAAGCUCGAGCUGCAAUUAGAAAUGCAAAAAAUGGAAAUACAUCGUCCGAUCCUGACUAUGUCCCUUCGGGUCCCGUUUACUGGAAUCCCUCAUCUUUUCACAGGAGCUACCUUGAGAUGGAAAAGCUCUUCAAAGUGUUCAUCUAUAAAGAAGGGGAACAACCUAUCUUUCACAAUGGCCCUUGUGGAAGCAUCUAUUCAAUGGAGGGAAAUUUCAUUUACAAGCUAGAAACGUCAAGCUUUCGGACGCAAAAUCCCGACAAAGCUAGCGUUUACUUCCUUCCCUUUAGUGUGGUGUCAAUGGUUCACUUCAUCUAUGACAGAGGCGCUCCUGAUCAUUGGCUGCCUUUGAAACAAACUGUGAAGGACUACGUCGAUCUUGUAGCUGGACGAUACCCGUAUUGGAAUCGCAGCCUCGGAUCCGACCACUUCAUGCUCUCUUGCCAUGAUUGGGGGCCUGAACUUUCAAAGUCGGUACCAGAAUUAUUCAAGAACUCCAUACGAGCUUUAUGCAACGCAAACGUAUCCGAAGGGUUCCAACCAUCAAAAGACGUGUCGAUCCCAGAGAUCAACCUGCCCGGCGGCCGGACAAAUGGACUAAUUGGUGGGCCAUCGCCUUCUAGAAGGCCGAUCCUUGCCUUCUUUGCAGGAGGGCUCCACGGCCCCAUUAGGCCGAUCCUCCUCGAGCACUGGGAGAACAAAGAUCCCGAGAUUGAAGUCCACCAGUAUCUCCCCAAAGGCGUCUCGUAUUCAGCAAUGAUGCGAAAGAGCAAGUUCUGCAUCUGCCCCAGCGGGUACGAGGUUGCAAGCCCACGGAUGGUGGAGGCGCUGUACACGGGGUGCGUGCCCGUCCUCGUGAAGGACGGGUACGUGCCCCCUUUCAGCGACGUUCUCAACUGGAAAGCGUUCUCGGUUGAAGUCUCGGUGAAGGAGAUCCCGAACCUCAAGAGGAUCCUCGCAGGGAUCUCGACGAGGCAGUAUAUAAGGAUGCAGAGGCGCGGGGUGGCAGCGCGGCGGCAUUUUGAGGUGAAUUUGCCACCCAAAAGGUAUGAUGUGUUUCAUAUGACUCUGCAUUCGAUUUGGUUGAGAAGGAUGAAUAUAAGACUGAAUGGAGUUGAAGAUUCAUGAAUGUACAGAUGAUGUGGAAUUCAGCUUACACAUUUUCAAGCAUUCUUUUCUUUGUUUUUGUGGUUUAUUUUGGAUUGAAGUAUAUAUAGUAGUAGUAUGAUCUCUAAUCUUGUAAGAAUGAAAUGAUGUUGAUUUUUUUGGUUCAUUAUUUUUCAUAAUUGUAGUAGUGAGUGUCUUAUAAUUCUUAUGUUUGUGAUUUAUGAAAGCAGCUUCAAAUGUUUAAACUUUUUCA